AUGCAAGAAACUCAAAAUGAAGUAACAGUAGAAAUACCAGACUCGAUAACACAAACACAAGACCAAAGAAAUAUUCAACCUCCAAACACCAAUAAUACUUUAAGUUCAAACUCAUUUCAAAUUUACCUUUCCGAACAUCUUCACAUCUCACUUCAUUUUGUCGCCGAAUUAUCACGCACAAUUAUAGCCGCGAUAUGUUUUGUAAUUAUAGGUUUCUUUUGUACUUUCGCUAUACAAUGGUCAGAUUAUCGGUGGAAAACUUCAGAGGAUGAUAUGAAGGCUUUGGUAGAUCUCGGUUUUGAGACAAUACCGGAAACCGAAUAUAUAAUCCUUGCUGACCUAUUCAUGUUAUCUCUGUUGGUUGGUUCCGUGUCCUUAAAUUUAAUCCUUGCUGAAUCAAGUAUUGCAAGACUUAUAAUAGUUCGUCGUAUAUUCUGGAUGUUGUGCUUUCUAUUGUUUUUCAGAAUGAUUACUUUAAGCGUUACUACUUUACCCAGUCCUAAACCAUGUAUACCGAUGGAACCCGGAAAUUUUUUACAAAUGCUUAAAAAUGGAGUAGAUCUCAUAACUGGUUCAGCUAAAGCUUGUACUGAUAAUAUUUUUUCGGGUCAUAGUAUUUUUAUCACUACAAGAGCGGAAGAUAGAUUAGGAGAUAAAGAUCUUUAUCAACGAAUAGCGUAUAUGCCAAACAUGUUCAAUAUAAGUUUAGUUGGUGCUGUACGUUGGAUGGAUGGACUAGAUAUUCGAUUUACUUGUGAAGGGGAAGAAAUUCUCGAUGCUACCAGGGAACGAGCAAGAAGACGACGUCUUCAAAACUCAAGUGAUAAUAUUACUAACAGUGAAAUGACAGAAGUUGAAAUUAUUGUAAAUCCUAGUCAAGACGAUGUAGAAG